UGAGGCAAGCUGCAGUAUUUGCUUCUUGUUCAUCUCAAACAACAUGCUGCCUGGCUUAAUUCUACUUUUUAUUUUAUUUGAGAGAACAGUUAAAUCUCAGGCUCAGAGUAUGUACUCCACUCAUUCCACAACAACCGCAGUGACUCCAAGAGAAACCAUUCCUCCUCUGGAUGUAGUUGCCAUACCAAACUAUCCUGUUGCAGCAGGUGAAAAAAUCAGCCUAUACUGCAGCACUCCCACCACAUCGGAAUCUGUGACUUGGUCUUGGAAGCAUCAGCAAAAUCAGACCUGGAAAGAAGUGGGCAGCGGCAAGGAACUGACCCUGACCAAGCCGGAGCAGAGUGGGGAGUACCGCUGCUGCGCUAAGAGACAGAUGUUACAAAAAUGCACAAACAAUACCCACACAGUCUACAUCAUCUCAGUGCAAGCAAGAGUUGGAGAGAAUUUAGGAAUAGCUGCCUUCUUCUUUUCCCUUCUGAGCUUGAUCCUCAUCAUUGCUGUGGUUUUCUGGCUGGGCUUCCAAAAACCUGGUCAAACACCGGCCACCUCCAACACUGCAGCCAAAGGUUUUCCGGGACCUCAAAUGACAUCAAAGGGAGAUUUGCCGCAACCUGACAAAGAUGUGUACAUGAACUACACAAGCACUAACCAAUACUACGUCGAUCUGGAUCCCACCAAUAUGACCGGGGAUAAUGUGUACUCAAGUCUGCCAUAAAAGGAGAUGGAGAUAUGCAGUAAAAAAAUCUAGCAAUUAAGAGGAGCGUUUUAUAAGAGCUCUGUCAUGGGGGUUGUUAUAUGAAGCUUGCUAGCACAUUCACUU